AUGUCAAUACUGGCAUUGAGAAGUGAUCUGAUCCCCUUUUUGGAACCUUUCCUUCCUCAAAAUGAACUGAGUUCUUCUAAGCCAUUCGUUACUUUGACUUAUGCACAAUCUGUGGAUUCCCGCAUUUCUAAAGGUAGGGGUCUAAGGACCACGAUAUCUCACAAAGAGACAAAGGCGAUGACCCACUAUCUCCGGUUUCAUCACGAUGGCAUAGUGGUUGGGGCUGGUACAGCACUUGCAGAUGAUCCUGGUUUGAAUUGCAAGUGGUCGCCAUCGGAUGGAGAGCCGACUUUGCAAACCUCACCGAGGCCAAUCAUCAUAGAUCCACAUCGUAAAUGGAAAUUCAAGGGCUCUCAGAUGGAGAAUCUAUUCAUUCAAGAAAAGGGCAAGGCACCAAUUAUAAUCGUAAAGCAGGUGCCGCCAGCUAAUGAAAGAGAAUCAGGUGUCACUUACAUGUCCAUGCAGGUAGAUGAUAAAAGUGGUCAAUUUAAUUGGCAAGAAUUGGUACAUAAACUCAAGAGUGAUUUUAAUCUAAACUCAAUAAUGGUGGAAGGUGGUGCAAUUGUAAUCAACGACUUGCUUAAUAGACCUGAUGUUGUUGACAGUUUAAUUGUCACGAUCGGUGCAACAUACUUGGGCAAAAAUGGCGUCGAAGUUAGCCCUCUUAAUGGAGACUUUGAGUUAAAAAAUGUUACUUGGUGGAGAGGCACAAGAGACGCUAUAAUGUGCGCUAACCUCUAG